CCAGACAACAGUACACAAUGCAAUUCCAGUACAGAAUGGUAUAUUAAAAGAGACUGAAAAGGAAACGACAGUCAUUGAUCCCGUAUCAACGCAUCAAAAUGCUUUAUCCAACAAUUCACUUGAUUGCAAGGCUCUACAAAAUGGUGAAUUGGAAGGUUUUUAUGAUGAUCCUAACUUAUUUAGAAUGGGAGAAUUUCUACUACAAUAUCAGAUGAACAUGCAGACCGUCAGUUUGAUACCAAGAGGUUUAACAAACCGCAACAAUUACUGUUACAUCAAUAGUAUCUUACAAGCUUUGAUAAGUUGUUCACUGUUUUACAAUCUUUUCAAAGCGAUGCCACAUCCCAACAACUACAAUAAGCACAAUAAGCAUUCUACUAUCCCAUCAAUCAACAGCCUGUGAGUAAUAACAAAAAUAUCAUUAUAUUUCUGCUAGAUAUAUUAAAUUUUAAUUUUGUAAGAACUAAUUAUUACGGUUUGUGUUCGUGGUAAAACUCAGGUCGGCAUAUUUCGCGCUUAAAUGUAGGUAGCGUUAUGAUCGAGCGAAGUGAAGUUAGCUUUUAUAGUAAGUGCCAACAUUAAGGCGCUAAAUAGAAUCGCUGAAUUUUCAUUCUUUCAAAUAUAACGUGCAUAUAAACUCUAAGAUUAUAAUUAAAUAAAUAUACAAUUUCAAUUGCCGACAUUUUAAUAUAAGAAUUUUACAAUUUAUAAUAACUGUAAACAUUCGAUUAUUAUUCGCUUCA